UCCAUUUUCUUCGUCAGCUUUCAAAUCUCAAAGGCAAAAACCACUCAAAGCUUAUUCUCUAUUUUUCUCUUCAAAACAUUUAGUUGUUGACAGAAAUGGAUGCUACUACGACACCCAAAGGUGCCGGAGGAAGGAAGGGUGGCUCAAAGAAGAAGGCUGUAGCUAGGUCAGUGAAAGCUGGUCUUCAGUUUCCAGUUGGUCGUAUUGCUCGUUACUUGAAGAAGGGUCGUUAUGCUCAGCGUGUUGGAUCUGGUGCUCCUAUUUAUCUCGCUGCUGUUCUUGAAUACCUUGCUGCUGAGGUGUUGGAGUUGGCUGGAAAUGCGGCGAGGGACAAUAAGAAGACGAGGAUUAUUCCAAGGCAUUUGCUGUUGGCAGUGAGGAAUGAUGAAGAGCUGGGAAAGUUGUUGGCUGGUGUUACUAUUGCAAGUGGAGGUGUUCUCCCCAACAUUAACCCAGUUCUGUUGCCCAAGAAAUCUACUGCUUCCGAGGAGAAGGCUUCGACACCAAAGGCCAAAAAGUCACCAAAGAAGGCUUAAGGGAUUGG